AUAUAAACAGUUUAUCGUCCUCAUGCACUUUAAAUGUUUUCAACGGGAAAACAGUAUCAAUCAUCUCUGAUGUAACAGACAGAAAGGCAUCUACUUUGCCAUUUAUGCAAGGAGAGUUAUAUACCAUUGGCCAGUUUUGCUGGCUGAUAAGAUCUUCAAAUAACUGAAGACUGGAGUUCUUUAUCGGUCGAGUAAUGAUUUUCCUUGUUAUAUUCUUAUUCACUGUUCGAACUCUUGGUCUCCAAACGAUCAUGCAGUGGUCAGAACUACCAAGUGGGGCAAGCACCUCCGGUUCCUCAUAUAAAGUGUGAACGUUGCUAAAUAUAAGAUCAAGAAUUGCUGUUCCCCUUGUUGGUUUCUUCACCACCUGCUUUAAUCGGCAGUUGUUCGUAAUUAUCUUCUCCUGAAAACCGUUGCUCACAGAAUUGAAAUCCCCAGCAACAACAAUUGAUAGAUUCGGACUUUCACUUGUAAGCGCAUCGUAGCAGCUGCAGAAAUAGUCGUAAAAUUCCUCAAUAGCUCCAGAAUUUAGCGAUGGGGGUAAAUAAACGCAUGCCAAGGCAAUUUUUGAGAUUGAUCUGGGGAGCCAUUUUGGACGUAGUAUGAUCCAUAAAUUAAUGCAUCUUUCCAUAUGUUAGGGAAUUCACCAGUGGACAGAGAUGUAUUAAAGAUGUGACAUACAGGUUUGGCCAAUUCGUACGCGAAAUCCUUAAUAAUCCGGUUAGGAAUAUUGUCAGGACCGCUGGAUUUGAAAACUUUUGUAUUGAGCAUCUUAGUGCAAACUUCGUCAGGGAAAAUUUUUGGUACAGGCCUUGGUGCAGGGAGAAAGGCAGGUAGCAGGAGAGGAUUCAGUGGUGGUAGGUCAUUACUCACGCUUAAGAAAUAGGUGUUAAGUGAUUGGGCGAGAUCUUUACCAAAUAGAGUGGUACCAUUCUUAACGAUCUUAAUGUUAUUGGUUGCAGAUCUUUUUUCCCGGACAUCUGGUUAACGCAGUCCCACCAUUUUCUGGAGUCACUGGAUUUUAGGUGUUGUACCUUGUUCGUAUAAUAUGCACGCUUUUUCACUCCUAUGUCGUUUCGGACUUUAAGUCUAUAGUGACGCCAGAGGUCAAGGUUACCAGAAUGAAAGGCUUUUUGCCUUUGAUAAAUCAGUUUUUUUAAUGCAGGCGUCAUCCAUGGUUUGUCAGGUAUGUCGGCCACAUGUGGCCUUUAGCCAUUGCUAUCUCCCUCCAAUACAGGGGCGUAGGAACCGGGGGGCACGUGCCCCCCCCCCCAAUUUUUUCAAAGGACUAAACGUGCCCUUUCUUGAUGAAAAGUGCCCUUUUUUGUGAUGAAAAUUAAAGUGCUCUUUUUGUACAAGCUAAUGUCGCUGUAAAUACUAAAUUAACAUCAAAGGUGCCCUUUUUGUUUGGAAAUUUCCAAGUUUUUUAAAAAUAUUUGGUCAAAACAUUUGGUCACCCGUCGCCAACAUUUCCGGGAAAAAUUUUUAGGUGCCCUUUUCAAUACCCUAAAGUGCCCCUAGAAGCCGGUGCCCCCAAUCUUUUGAUGCUUCCUACGCCCCUGCUCUAAUAGAUUAUCUCACAGAAAGGUCCCUCUUCAACUGGCCUCUUUUCCGGUCAUAGUUCUCAAACUUGAAACUUAUAAAGAAUUAUCUUCGCUCAAGUAUUUCUCAAGGUCAUCUAUUCUAUUGAGAACAAAGAAGCGUGAUUUUUGGAUAUAGAGAAGCUGAUAUAAAUUGAUAAGUUCGCAGAGAAAAAAAGCAAGGAUCAGCAGAUUUCAAAGUUUGAAGUAUAAUUGUUCCUUGAUCCUUUUUUUCAGUUCAGGUUCUUCGGACAAGUAUAAUUUUUGGUGACUUUUCAGAACUGUAUGGUUGUUAGCAUUUAAAUCAGACUGUCAGUCAGUUUUGAUGUUAGUCAGUGAACGAGGUUGGUCAGUAUAUUCACUACGGUAGUUACAUGUACCUAAACAUUUUGAUAAAAAUAUAUCCCUCAAAACCGUAGUUAAACAGUUUAUCUUUAAAGAAAAAUUUGGGGGGCAUACACAACUGUUGCGUUCCUUUAGAAUAUAAUUGCUUAUUUUUCACCCUGCUCGGUUUCCUUUGUUCUUAUCGGGGAAUAUAUUCAAUAUUCCCCUCUAAUCAAUUUCCGUUUAAUUAUCCCUUCUAAUAUUCACCUGCAAUGUCUUUGCAGCACAAAAAAUGAGAGAAAACAACAUAACGAAGGCAAUAUGGCAUUAAGAACUAUUUCUAUUCUGACUCAUUAACACGACCUCGCAAUGUGAAAAAUAAGUACGUUAUUCUGAGGCACCUCGGGGUUUAUUCACCUCGAUCGGCGCUGCGCGCCUCGGUGAAUAAAUCACAUAUCGACUCGUUGCCUCAAAAUAACCUAUACUUAUGGGGGGGGGGCUUUUAAUAUUUUUACCGGGGGCCCCCUGAUGUGGCGUUACGCCACUGCGAGGCAGUCGAGGCUGGAGACUUGUCCACAUCUUCAAAAUUCCCAAAAGACUGAUUUUGUUAAUUUAAUUAAAUUUGUAUUUGACCAUAAGGCUAAGGUUAAAUCUAGCUCUAUAUUCUUUGGAGCCUACAGUAAAGUGCAAAAAUAAUGAGACUUUCAGUAUUUUCUUCCUUUCUGACUUUAAAAAUAUUGAUUCACUGUCUGUUUCGGCUAUAUCCUAACAUAUUUACAACAUUGUGUGAAGAUGGGGGCAAUCACCUUCUUGUCUCAAUAACUUUUGCACACGAUUGUAUGGAUGAGUUGGGGUUAGGUUAAAAUGCGGAAGCGGAUGCGGAACGGAACGGAUGGGGUUAAAAUGCGGAAGGGAACGGAACGGAUGGGGUUAAAAUGUGUUAAAAAAAUCCGUUCCGCAUUUUAACCCCAUAUCCGUUUCGUUCCGUUCCGCAUUUUAACCCCAUAUCCGUUCCGUUCCGCAUUUUAACUCCAUCCGUUCCGCAUCCGCUUCCGCAUUUUAACCUAACCCGGAUGAGUUGUGGAAAUUGUCGGGGAGUGCUGGGCUUCCCUAGGCCCUAGCUUUCUCGUGCAGCCAUGGACCGUCAAGAAUUGGUUUCAAAUAAAUAGUGAUUAUAAAUUUUCUCUUUGAUUCCUUUCUCUUACUACUGGCAUGAAAUUAAGAAUAUAAUCUUCUAUAAGUCAGAAAAUCAUUUACAUUUAAUUAAGGGUUGGUUGUAUAAACCGCUUAACUACGUUUUACAUGAUCACUAUUUUCUAGAAUUUUCUAGUUAAAUAGUCGUUAACUCUAAAAUACGCGAUUUUAAUUGGUUGACUUUUGCACGAACUGUAGUACACCCGGCCCCAGCAAUUUAUAAAUCAAUUUACCUUAUCUUUUUAUUAACUAUGAUUAAUUUUGCAUUAACUGCGUCUCGCCGUUGAUUGCAAAGUUGAUAUCAAAUUUUACAGAUUCGCAGUUGCUCAUUGGAGUUGCUAAUUAGCGGUUGUAACCUACAGGUUGCUAAUAUUAAUACGGCCUAGCUUGUCUGCAAAGAGUACGAUCGAUUUGGAAACUAUAUGAAACACUCAAUCAGUUAUUAUAACAAUAUAUUAUAAAUAAAGUCGCGGCGCGUGUGCCAUCGCGCGUGCAGGACACGCGCAAGAACAGCAGGAUGUCAUGCAUGCAGUCGAAUGUGUAAAAAUUAAAUAUUCAAUUUCAAUGUGCCAUCGAGUGUUACAUUUCACCGCCUACUGGUCUAAAAUUGUGGCUUUAGUUGAGUUACUACGCUUUACGAUCGCUUUGGGAGUCUAAUACAAUUCUAUACACAAUCAUAUCGUAAACAUGUGUGGGUUCAUUUAGAUUGAAAUAUGUCUGUUGUAUUGUCAUCGAUGAAGCGAAAAAGAGGCAGUUGCGAAGCAAACGGCGAUGUUUCUGGUGGAAAAUACGAGGAAGACGGCGAUGUGCAGGAGCAAACCGGGUUGCUUUCGUCCAUCAAAACUUUCUUGUGGUCGAAUACACCGACUAAAGAAAGCAAGAGUCCUCUGCCAGCAGCAAAGAGGCGACGAAACAGCCCUGAUGUAAAUAAUGAGUGUAUGAUUUCUUCAUCGCCUCGUGUAAACCGACCGAGAAAAAUCAAGUGUAGCUCGAAUGGUGACAGAUUUGAAAAUGAGAAUGAUGUUGCUGUUGGCGCCUAUCUUGACGACAAUAAAACCGCCGAAAAUACAAAACCACGAACGUCCAUUCUUGGGACACUCUUCUCGCCUGUCCUAACGCUUUUCGGGAAAAACGGGGAACUAAAAACCGCGACAUCAAGCAGUGGCGAACUUGUUGAAUUGCCUUCAAUAAAUGGAGACAAUUUGAACUCAAAUUAUAACUCUGUUUGCUCGUGUGAAUCAACAAACGAUGACUGUGAAGUUAAUGGCGGGCAAGCGGGAAAGAAAGACGAGAAUGCCAACAUCGAAGAGAUAAAUUCAAAUCACAUAGAAACGGGAGAAUGGCCUGACAAUGAUCCAUAUUAUUUCUUGCGACAUUUACCACCUCUCACUGAUGCAAUUCGUUCUCAUUCAACGCCAGUUUUACCUUUGAGAACACGUAGUACACCUGAGUAUACAUUGGUUUUAGAUCUUGAUGAAACGUUAGUACAUUGCAGUCUAAAUAGACUCGAAGAUGCAGCUCUAACCUUCCCUGUACUUUAUCAAAAUAUUUCGUAUCAAGUAUUUGUACGUACAAGACCGCAUCUGCAACAAUUUCUCGAGAAGGUCGCCGAAUCAUUCGAAGUCAUUCUAUUCACCGCAUCGAAACGGGUUUACGCUGAUAAAUUGAUUAACAUUUUGGACCCAAAGAAAAAGAUAUUUCGGCAUCGAUUAUUUCGCGAACAUUGUUUAUGUGUUCACGGCAAUUACAUCAAGGAUUUGACUAUUUUGGGAAGGGAUUUGACCAAGACUAUGAUUGUGGACAAUUCACCUCAAGCUUUCGCUUAUCAGUUGUUCAACGGCAUACCGAUUGAAAGUUGGUUCGCCGAUCAUUUUGACAGGGAACUACUUGAUUUGUUGCCGUUUCUGAAUUAUUUGGUCGAACAAGGAAGCGACGUACGGCCUGCUAUUCGUGAUCGUUUUAGAAUGCAUGAGUUACUUCCCGUGGGCAUAGCAUGAGGUGAGAAAAAGACAAUGUUUAUGUAGCAAUAAAACUGGCGCCAAAAUUUGCAAGCAAUUCACGGAAGCAAUAAAGUAUAUUGCUUUGUGUUAAAGGACUUGUUUAUUUCGUUAAUAUAGAUCUUGACAUUAGUAUGGUUUAUCUGAAGUUUAGGGUAAAUGCCGUAUAAAACAGAAAGCAUAUGUUGGUAUAUAAAUCGAGUCCUAUGGCUGCAAAUGUAAACUAGAUAAAUUGUCCACCUGUUAAAAAACAGCAUGUGUUGUUCCCGCCAUAUUAUAUUUCCAUAAAAAGUUAAUAUUUGCCACUUCACAUGUUUACAACGUACUAUAUUUUUAACGUAAUAAUGAUAUUUUAAGGUUGUUUUUAAAAAACACUAACUAUGUUAGUUUAUAUAAUCCUUGAACAGCUUUAACACUGCAUAAAUUACUAAAAUUAGCAACAGUAUCAUGACACGAUUUGUCAUUAUUAAUAGAGUCUAUAUAAAGUAUACAUAGUUCAUACUUAAUAAAUUUAGGAUUUUUAUGUUGUAUAAUAUUUUCUAGCAUUGUUUCUUUUAUCUAAUAUGAGCUCUUCAAUAUUACAUGUGUUUCAAGGCUGAUAUUGGCUUUUUAAUAACAUAAUUUUCAUUUUCCAAAUUGACUUGAAAGAGGUAAAGCCACUAUCCCCUUUAAGAGUAUAUUUGUCUAUUGUUAGUCAAGAGUAAAAAUAACACUGCGGAGCAUAUUGUGGUAUCUUCUGUUUAAUGUACCGAUCAAUUCGAAACUUCAACACCCCCUCCCCCUGGGCAUAUCCCGGGAAUUUGACUUCAAGUCUUCUCCAGCUUUUCUUGGCUCAACUUGCAGUUGGCAAAAAUGAACACAUUUUCCAACCAGGGCCAAAAUAAAAUAUGUGGGUUUCCCGACCCUACCUAGCUUUUGGACGUCGAAAUCCCGACCCUAAACUUUUUUAUUGGAUCAUGCUUGCAAGUGUUUCCACUGACUUAGAGGAAAAAGUUUGUGGAAAAUUGAAAAUUGUGCACUCAAAUGUGCCCUACUUUAUUAUUUUACUCUAUCUACUGCCAGAUGAUUUUACUCCUCAGUUGAUUGGGCUCCCCAGUAUAAGAUUUAGGUCACUCAGAGUAAGGUUAGGGCCCAGAUUGAGCCAUUUACUAGUGGGAUCUGCAGGGCCAAAUGGCCCCACAGUAUAUAUGUUAAAAUAGUAGGGAAUUUGACGUUCUAAGUCUUCCAUGUGGUGGGGCAUUUCAUAAAGGUGGGGAAUUUGAACCGGAAGUCUUAAAUUUUGCCCGUUUCCGCAUGCUUCCUGCAUGCACAGAAAAGACUUCACAUUGGCAUUAAAUACAGUUUUCUCAGAUUUCAAGGGAAUCAGUUGUUAUCAAUUAUUAAUCAAUUGAAUUAAUCAAUUGUUAGUCGAUUACAAAAUUAAUCGAUGGGAGCAGCUCUAAUUUUGCCAUUUUCAGCUUUGCCACAGCCAAAUUGCAAUAUCAUAAUUUGAUAUGCUGCAUCAUGUCAGCUUACCUUGGAGACAAAAUUGAGCUGAAUAUUAUCUGCCAUGAUCCAGUUAUAAAUAGAGUUUAACCCCAGUGUUGUGAACCAACACAGCCAGAGAUUUGAGCUGAAAAACCAGAGUUUGCACAGCACUAGGGUAGAUAGUCUGGUUAACCCAAUAAGUUGCAAUUCACCCAAAUGUGCCCUUCCUUACUAUUUUACUUUGUCUAAUGCCAGAUGAGUUGAUAGUAAAAUAACACUGUACGGCACAUUGUGUUUGAAUAAGACAUAUGGCUAGAUAGUCUGGUUAACCCAAUAAGCUGCAAUGCACUCAAAUGUGCCCUACUUUAUUAUUUUAAUAUAUCUACUGCCAGAUGAUUUUACUCCUCAGUUGAUUGGGCUCCCCAGUAUAAGAUUUAGGUCACUCAGAGUAAGGUUAGGGCCCAGAUUGAGCCAUUUACUAGUGGGAUCUGCAGGGCCAAAUGGCCCCACAGUAUAUAUGUUAAAAUAUACCUUGCAAGGUUGGAAAAUGUGCAUUUGCUGGCAGCUGUGCUGACGGCCAAUGCAGCAGCACUUGCUACAGAUUUAAUGGAGACUACUAGUAUAUGCUUAUUUAAUCUCUUUGAAAUGUUUGCAGCUUUUCUUGGCUCAACUUGCAGUUGGCAAAAAUGAACACAUUUUCCAAGGGGUCAAAAAAAUUUUCCGGACAACCAAUAUUUUUCCGAACAUACACAAAAUUUUCGAAAAAUCACAAAAUUUGCCAAAAAAUUGACUUAAUUUUAGACAAGAUUUACAGAAUUUGUCACAUUUUUUUUUAUUGCAAGCCAAAAUUGCCCGACUGUUGAUCGAAUAUUGCCCGACUGCCCAAAACGCCUAUGCAGAUAUACCAAAAUUUUUAUGCGUUAGAUUUACUAAACGUGGCGUGAGAGAGAGCGUGAGACUGAAGCGAAUUGCGUGAGACUCACGCCGAAUGCGUGAGAAUUGAGAGGUUUGGCGUGAGAGCGUGAGACUGAAGCGAAUUGCGUGAGACUCACGCCGAAUGCGUGAGAGUUGAGAGGUCUGCCUGCCCCACCUAAGUUUUUAUAAGAAGAAACCGGAAACCCACAUUUUUUGGCCCAGUCAAUGUGUCAAACUAACUGUCACUCUGUUGAAUGCCAUUUUGUUCAAGGAGAGUAAUACCCAAUCAUCUAAUACCCAAAUUAAGAAUUUUCUGGUUUGUUGAGGUACUGACAUUUUUAUUACUAUGGAUAGCUAGCACCGAAACUGUACUCUUAAAAAUGCAAGUCAAAUACAAAUUUGAUAAGGCAGGCUAUCCAUAGCCUAUCGAAGACUGGCUAGAUCCAUAGUCAACGUUUAUUCAUAAAUCUGGUCCUUCACCAUCACGUGUGUCUUGUAUUUUUGCCAAAUCCACCAAUAGCAAUUUCCCUAUUGUUCGUGGAUAGGUAACUUUCCUAAAACAUUGCUAUUGGUUAAUUGGGCAAAAAUACAAUAAACGUUGACUAACACAGAUGAGUUAUAUUGUAAUUGUAAUAAGUUUCACAGCCAUCUUCCCUUCGAUAGACUAUGGGCUAUCUCAGGGUUUAUUUUAAGAAAAAUUUAGAACUGCACAUAUAGGGAUGUUACGAAGGCAACGGAACGGGGGGGGUCGAAGGAUUUUUUACCUGCCUAUAGGUGACAGAAUAAUGGUGUGGUUGGGUGGAAGAAUUGGAGAAAGUCCAUACAAAUUCGAUUUUGGGUGCGGGAGCUAGGGAGUGUUCCCGAAAACAAUUUGAAUCUAGAGGCUCUUAGUUCUGCCAAAGAUUUGUUUACCCAACCACUCACAAAAACUGUUUCAAAACAUGUAACUGGAAAUCAUGGAUAUUCAAUAUAUAACAACCUUAAAUUUUCAUUUGAGGCAGCAAUGAAUAUUAGGUUCUCCCACUCUAAUCUCUUUUGGGGAGCUUUGCUGGCCCCAAUUUUAGCUUUUUUCCAUUACCCCAGCAUGUAAGUGAUUUGUGCCAUUUUGUGAGCAGUGCUUCCAUUUCCAAAAAACAUAAUUUCCUUCCAACCGUUCAAAAUUUCCUUAUUUUUGAAAAAAUUUCCUUGCAACAAAAAUUAUUGAAUUUUACGUAAUUUAAAACUGAUUUUAUAGUCAUUUAUCUCGAAUAACCGGGUAUUUCUUGUUCUAGAAGGAACAUAGACGUUGCAGGAGCUGAAUUAUCAAAGGGGAGAGACAAAGAGUUUACCUUAGAUUAACACGAAGGAGAAUAAGCAGGGGGGUCUGGGGGUCCUCCCCUAGAAAAUUUUGAGAUUUUGCAUCUCGCAGACAGGAUUUUCAGCAUUUGGACAUCUCGCAGACAGGAUUUGAAGCGCAUUUCCUUGUAAAUUGCCGUAUUCUGAGGAUUUUUUAGAAAUAAUAUAAUUUCCUUCACAUUUCCUUCAAUCUUCCGAAAUGUCUUUCAAAUUUCCUUCAGAUUCGAAUUUCCUUAUAAUUUCCUUCAAAUAGUUAAAAUUUCCUUCAAAAAGGAAAUUUCCUUCAAAAUGGAAGCACUUUGGAAGUACUUCAAGUAAGACAAAUUAUAGUGGAUCCAUAAUUCUAUUACGCACCUCCUACGCGCAUCUGAUGACGUCACUUCCGGUUUACCACAAUCAGGCUUGCCCAGACAUACCCAAAACUAUGACGUCACUUCCAGUCCCACAAUCCCUUGCGCACCCUACACAACCUCCCAAAGUCCCCCACAAACCUCCGCCCCACGCGUCUGCAGAAUGCUUUCCGAAGUCUUCCCGAAGUCUUCCAAAAACAAAAUCAACAUUUCAGACGUAAAAUUUUUUUCUAUAUAAUAAAAUGAAAGAUGAACAAUGGUACGACGCAAGGGAGAGCUUUAGCGAUGAGGACGAACAGUGGUACGACGUCAACCCGGAAGAGGAGCUAACACCCAUCCUGUCCAAGCACGGCAUCAAAAAGAAGGCGAGCAAGUACAUCAUCAACCCCAGCGGAACCUACGGACCUAACCACUUCCUAUCCAUGACAGCGGACGAGGUAACAACGCUUCUAGAUUCCGAAACGAGGUCAAGGAAGGUGAGGACGGUUCUGAUAUGUGAAAUGGUUAGAAAUAAUCCCAGAACAGGGGAAGAAACAAUCACCAUCACACCUUUCCAGUCAGGUACCCACACACUGGUCGGCACAGAUGACACGGGAGAUACCCUUAACACCAUGAGGGAGAAAAUGCUGGAAUCUUUAGCAAAAUUCCAAAAGCAUGGAAGUGGAUGGAGGUUUCGGAGAGUGGAAACACUCGAGAUUUACAUUGGAAAAUUCCAACUGUUGAAGGGAAAGGGUCACAUGCCACUACCUAAGUCGAUCGAGAAAAAGAAAGCGAUCAUCACCAUGAAGAACAAUGACGAUGAGUGCUUCAAGUGGGCAGUUACACGCGCGCUAAACCUGACCGAACAAAACCCUGAAAGGAUUUCAAAGGCUCUUAUAGAACACGCUAGAGAGUUGGACUGGGAAGGAAUAGAGUUCCCAACACCUCUAAACAACAUCAAAAAAUUCGAAGAAAAUAACAACAUCGGCAUAAACGUAUUCAGCGCUGAUGAGAGUCAAAAGGUAUAUCCUCUAAAACUAGCCGGAAAGUCCAAUUCAAUAAACUUAUUUCUAUGGAGAACCACUACAGCGUCAUCAAGGAUAUGUCCAGGCUCGUAAGCGCACAAAUCAAUGGAAAAAAGAACAAAAAAUACAUUUGCAGUCGUUGUCUCAACGCAUUCGGUUCGGACUACGACUAUCAGAGGCAUGA